AGUGAAAGCUGAUCUAUGAUAUAUCCUUUUAUUAUUGUUAUUUUUAGUGAAUAGCCCACGACUUUUUCUUCUAAAUAUAACUGGAAUAUUGAAUUCAUGUCUUCGGUUUUUAAUUCAAGUUUGUCUCAUUUUGCCUACAAUUCAUUUUCUGUCUCCUAUAUAUACACAUACUAACAUACUUGAAAGUUGAAAAACACCACUUAACUAUAUCAUCAAAGAGAUCAAGAAUUAAAAUGGUGAUCUCAUUGUUCUCAUUCCCAUCACCACCUUCCCUGUUCGCCAAUGCAAUGUCUAUUUUCAACUUGCUAGCUCUCAUUGCUUCCGGUUACAUGGAAAUGAUAGGCAAAAACAAGCAGUACGCCAAGUUUUGUGAUAACGACACUGGUUCAAACAAGCCAAAAGCCAUGGAGAAGCUUAAGCUGCCUAGUAGAAUCGGGAUGCUGGUGUUCUAUACACCAUCAUUCCUCGUGGGUCUUGCCUCUUUUACCUUUUUUCCCCAUCAAGAUUCCCGAUUCCUUAUGGUCAUAUCUGUACUCACCAUUCAUUUCUUCAAGAGGAUCCUUGAGGUCCUAUUCGUUCACAAGUUUACCGGGUCUAUGAUGCUAAAGGAUGCCAUAACCAUCGGUUUAAGCUACGGUGUGUCAACUGCUACAAUGAUUUACGCCCAAUAUUUAUCUCAAGAAUGUCCUGAGCCUGCUUUAGAUCUCAAAUACAUCGGACUUGUCAUGUUUUUUAUUGGGAUAACUGGAAACUUUUACCAUCAUUACAUUCUUUCGAGUCUAAGAAAGAAAGGUGAUAGAGAGUAUAAAAUCCCAAAAGGAGGAUUGUUCGAUGUGGUUAUAUGCCCACACUAUAUGUUUGAAAUUGUCGAGUUCAUAGGAGUCUGUUGCAUUUGUCAGACGGGGUGUACGUUUUGUUUCACUCUAGGCACAAUGUUCCUGUUGAUGGGGCGAAGCUAUGCGACACGAAAAUGGUUUUGA